AUGAAGGCCGCAUUCGCCCUUGCCGGGGCUUCGCUCGUGGGCAGCGUCCUGGCGACCCUGCCUGCCAUUGAGACGAAGGGUAACAAAUUCUUCUAUUCCAACAACGGCACUGAAUUCUUCAUCCGUGGUGUUGCCUAUCAGCAGGAAUAUUCUUCCAAUGGCACCAGCAGCUCCAGCACAGGCUUCGGUAACGAAUCCAACGGCGACUACACUGACCCUCUGUCCGACCCCAAGAAGUGCGAGCGUGAUAUCCCUUACCUGAAGCAACUGCGGACCAACGUCAUCCGUACCUAUGCCGUUGACCCCAAGGCCGACCACACUGAGUGCAUGAAGAUGCUUGACGACGCUGGCAUCUACCUUAUCACCGAUUUGUCCUCCCCUUCGGAGUCAAUCAUCCGUAAUGACCCUAAGUGGGACGUGGACUUGUACUCCCGCUACACCAGCGUUGUUGAUGCCUUCGCCAACUACACCAAUGUUAUUGGCUUCUUUGCCGGUAACGAAGUCGCCAACGACAAGAACAACACCGACUCUAUCGCAUUCGUCAAGGCCGCUGUGCGUGACAUGAAGAAGUACAUCAAGGCCAAGAAGUACCGUGAAUCCCUGCUCAUCGGUUACGCCACCGAUGACGACGCUAGCAUCCGUGAUGACCUGAAGAACUACCUUGUUUGCGGUGAUAGCGACGCCAUGAUCGACAUGUUCGGUUACAACAUCUACGAAUGGUGCGGCGAUUCGUCCUUCGAGACCUCUGGUUACAAGGAGCGCACUGAGGAAUUCAAGGAUUUCCCUGUCCCAGCAUUCUUCUCCGAGUAUGGAUGCAACAACCCUAAGCCUCGCAAGUUCACCGACACCCCUGUCCUGUACGGCCCCAAGAUGAACAACGUCUGGAGCGGUGGUAUCGUCUACAUGUACUUCCAGGAGGCCAACGACUAUGGAUUGGUCAAGGUCGAUGGUGACAGCGUCAAGCCUCGCGAUGACUUCUCUAACCUCUCUGAACAAAUCCAGAAGGCCACUGCCACUGGCGUCAACAGCGCUAGCUACACUGCCCCGUCUGCUGCUACGGCAUCCUGCCCUGCGGUUGGCAAGGACUGGGAAGCUACCAGUGAGCUCCCUCCUUCUCCUAACCCGGAUCUGUGCUCCUGCAUGGUUGAGUCUUUGUCUUGUGCCGUUAAGGAUUCCGUCAAGGAAGACGACUACGAGGACCUGUUCAACUACAUCUGCGCCAAGGACGGAAUGUGCGAUGGAAUCCACAAGGACGGCACCAAGGGCAAGUACGGAGCGUACAGUGUGUGCUCUCCCAAGCAGCAGCUCUCUUUCGUCAUGAACCAGUGGUACGAGAAGAGCUCCAACAAGGACCAAGCCUGUGACUUCAACGGUUCCGGUAAAACCCAGAGCGCCUCCAAGAGCGAUGGCCAGUGCUCUGAGUUGCUGAAGCAGGCCGGUACCGCUGGUACUGGCAGUGUCACCGCCUCUCCCACUGCUGGAAGUGCUGCCGCUGGUAGCACCUCUUCUUCCACUUCCACCUCCGACAGCGCUGCCGGUGCCGUGAGCCCAAUGGCCGUCAAGGUUGGCAGCUGGCAGUUCGGAGCUUACGUCAUGACUGCCUUUGUUGCCGGUGCUGGAAUGCUCCUGCUGUAA